GCAGAUGUGCUGUCAGAUGCACCAGCACUGACGUGCAGCUUUUCGCCAUUCUGCUCCAUUCACGCCUAUUGUGGAAGAUCACAGCGCCGUUUCACAUCGAGGAUAGGAAUAGGCUUGAAUCAAAACGGUUUUACUGAAUGCUGUGAUGAGCUCCUGAGAGCCGUAUUCUCCUCGGCAAGCUGUCUUGGAAGAGUGAGAACUCUGUUGACAGCAGAGGCACCCAGACAAACAAACACCAUGGCUAGUGCAGCAGAUGGUAUCGGCAGUUUGGGAACCGAACAGAGCCACAUCAAUGUGCCGGUAGCUGAUCCAGGCGCCUGGGCCACGGCCAUGAACAACCUGGGGAUUGUGCCGAUGAGCCUAACCGGGCAGCAGCUGGUAUCAGACUCCAUCUGUAUACAGGGAUUUGACCCCAACCUAGGGAUCAUCACCCCAAUCAACCCCAUGAUGGCCGGGAUCAGUCUGUUACCUCCUCAUCCUAUGGCAGCAGAGCUUCCUGUUAUUAAAGAAAUCAUCCACUGCAAGAGCUGCACACUGUUUCCACAGAAUCCCAAUCUUCCUCCACCCUCGACCAGAGAGAGGCCACCAGGCUGCAAGACUGUGUUUGUUGGUGGGCUUCCAGAGAACGCGACUGAGGAGAUCAUAAGAGAAGUGUUUGACCAGUGUGGAGAGAUUGUGGCCAUCCGCAAGAGCAAGAAAAACUUCUGCCACAUUCGCUUCAGUGAGGAGUUCAUGGUGGACAAGGCCCUCUACCUCUCUGGCUAUCGGAUGCGCAUUGGCUCUAGCACAGAUAAAAAGGAUUCAGGCCGCAUACAUGUGGAUUUUGCCCAGGCAAGAGACGACUUGUAUGAGUGGGAGUGCAAACAAAGAAUACUAGCACGCGAGGAGCGGCACCGACAGAAAGUCCAUGAGGAGCACUUCAGACCUCCUUCACCUCCUCCCAUAAUGCACUUCUCAGAGCACGAGGCAGGGCUUUUGGCUGAGAAAUUGAAAGAUGACAACAAGUUCAACGAAGCAACAGCAGUGCUCUUCACAUGGAUAGACAGGGGCGAGGUGAACCGCCGCACAACCAAUCACUUCUACUCAAUGAUCCAGUCCGCCAACAGCCACGUGCGACGCCUCAUGAAUGAGAAAGCCCAGCACGAGGAGGAGAUGAAGCUGGCCAAAGAACACUUUAAGAACUCUCUGCUCGCCAUCCUCACACAAUUUGAGCAGAUUACGGCUGUGUUCACCGCUGCCACCAGGCAAAAGGCAUGGGACCAUUUCUCAAAAGCACAACGCAAGAACAUAGACAUUUGGCGAAAGCAGUGCGAGGAAUUGAGAAAUGCUCACAGUGAGGAGAUUAUGAGAAUACGAAGAGAAGAGGAGAUGGAGAUGUCAGAUGAAGAUUUCGAGGAACACUCCUGCAAGAAGAUCCGAAUGGAGGACUCGGUGCUGUCUGCUCAUUCUUGUGCUCUGCGGGAAGAAAAUGACAGUCUGCGUUGGCAGCUGGACACCUAUAGGAACGAGGUGGAGCUGCUGAAGGAGCAGGGCAAGACAUACCGCACAGAGGAGGACCACACCCAAGAACAACAGCUGCAUUUCUUGCAGCAGACCAUGCAAAACAUGCAGCAGCAACUGCUUCGGCUGCAGGAGGAGCUGAAGGGGAAAGAGCUGGAACUGGAACAGGCCAGAGAUGAGCAGCGCUUCCUGGAGGGAGAAGUCCUCAGCCUCAAGGAAAAGCUUUUGAACAACAUGGAGUCAGUGGAUUUGACAAACCACAGCCCUGAGAGCCAUGAAAAGGGAGUCAAUGGCACCUCAGCACUCUACCUCCAUCGAGAGAAGAAUAACGAGGCGGUCAUUCGGGGGCCUUUGAGAUCAGAGAAAGAGGCUCUCUUGCUCGGAAUUAUAUCCACCUUCCUCCAUGUGCAUCCAUUUGGAGCCAACAUUGAAUAUCUGUGGUCCUACAUCCAGAGACUUGAUACAAAGAUUUCCGCUAGUGAACUAGAGAGACUAAUGGUUCGGCUGCCCAACAUGUUCAAGCAAGAGUUCAGCGGCGUUGGUGCAACAUUGGAGAAACGCUGGAAAUUCUGUGGUUUUCAGGCUCUCAAACUGGCGUGACUCACAGAGCCACAUCCACUGACACCGAAAACCUCUAGAGGACAGAUCCAGAGUCAGUAAGAUGAGCUUGAGUCUCAUAGACACAAAGAACCAGGUCUACACCCUGCACUGCUCUCAGAUCAAAUGCUCUGUCAGUCUUAAUUACAGACUCUGACGAUGGCACAGGAGAGAUAGUCUACACGCAAUGCAGCAUCAGAUGUAUUUACUUGAAAAAGCUCUUUCCAGACAUUUGUGCUGAUUGCAUAACUUGUCUGUCAGCAGUGUCCCUGAGGACUGGGGAGAUAUCCAGGAAUACAAGUGCUACUCAGUUAAAAUAUCAGAAUGUUGAAUAUGGCUCACAGAUAUGUGGUAGUGGCCCCUUUGUGCCCUCCAAACCCAAUUUGUGUGAAGAUGAGUUCUGUUCUGAAUUUUUUUUUUAAUACAUGGCCAAAGUGCUGAGCUGAUUGACAACAGUUGCACAGCUGAUGCUCUUAGGACAUUUGGCUGUGAAUCAGGCCGUCCAUGUUGUGUAGAUGAUGUAUGUAAUGUGCUUUGUGUCUUGAUGCACAAUUAACAAUCUGCGUAUGUAAAUUAUGAUUUUCUAAAAAAUCAAUUAAAGACUUUUU